AUGUUGCUGUCUCCGAUUUAUCUAAGCCUUUUAUCGAUACCUUUAUCAGCGGUCGGACAAGAAUUUCUUGUCGUCGACGGUAUUAUUGGAGGGGUUCCCCGUACUGGGAGCCCACCGGCGGAACCACAGCCGUUAAAAGUUGCCGCCACGACUCCAGGGGCACUGCGCGUUGUACAGAAUUCUGGUGUUUGCGAAACCACACCAGGAGUCCAACAAGUUUCCGGCUAUGGCGAUUUAACAGCAACAGAGAGCAUUUUGUGCGUCACGUUGUGGUAG